UCAGCGACGUAGAUUCCCGCCCACUCAAGUUCGUCCAGCCUGUAGUGGUGCGCAAAGGUUGUACUGUCUGCAUUGUUGGGGACAUUUAUUCUGUUUGGCUUUUAAAAACGACAACAAAUACCAAGAUGGCCGGCCGGACGAUGCAAGCGGCACGAUGCCCAACAGACGAACUGUCACUGACUAACUGUGCAGUCGUGAGUGACAAAGACCCAAAGUUUGAACUGCAUGUGACAGUCAGAACCACGCCGACCCACAAGUUUGUGUUUACCGUUAGGACCCACCAGAGUGUGGUCCCAGGGACCAUUGCCUUCAGUCUACCCCAGAGAAAAUGGGCCGGCCUGUCCAUUGGUCAGGAGGUAGAAGUGACCAGCUACGUCUUUGACAAGUCCAAGCAGUGUGUGGGCACAAUGACGCUGGAGAUUGACUUCCUGCAGAAGAAGAGCGUGGACAGCAGCCCGUACGACUCAGACAAGAUCGCUGCAGAGUUCAUCCAGCACUUCAACAGCCAGGCCUUCAGUGUGGGCCAGCAGCUGGUUUUCAGUUUCUGUGAUAAACUGUUUAGCCUAAUCAUAAAGGACAUCGAGGCCAUGGACCCAAGUAUCCUUAAGGGAGAAUCAACCACUUCUAAAAAGCACAAGAUUGACAUUGGCUUGUUGCUGGGCAACAGUCAGGUGAUUUUCGAGAAGGCAGAGAGCUCGUCUCUCACCCUCAUUGGCAGGGCGAAGACCAGAGAGUCUCGUCAGUCCAUUAUCAACCCCGACUGGAACUUUGAGCGCAUGGGCAUCGGUGGCCUGGACAAGGAGUUCUCUGACAUCUUCCGCAGGGCCUUCGCCUCCCGCGUCUUCCCACCAGACAUUGUAGAGCAGAUGGGCUGUAAGCACGUGAAGGGCAUCUUGCUGUUUGGGCCUCCCGGCUGUGGCAAGACUCUGAUGGCGCGGCAGAUCGGGAAGAUGCUGAACGCCCGCGAGCCCAAGGUGGUCAACGGCCCGGAGAUCCUCAACAAGUACGUGGGAGAAUCCGAGGCCAACAUCAGGAAACUGUUCGCAGAUGCUGAAGACGAGCAGAAGAGGCUGGGCGCCAACAGCGGGCUGCACAUCAUCAUCUUCGACGAGAUCGACGCCAUCUGUAAGCAGAGAGGCAGCAUGGCGGGCAGCACCGGGGUCCACGACACGGUGGUCAACCAGCUGCUGUCCAAGAUAGACGGAGUGGAGCAGCUCAACAACAUCCUGGUCAUAGGAAUGACCAACAGGCCUGACCUGAUAGACGAGGCUCUACUGAGGCCGGGCAGGCUGGAAGUUAAAAUGGAAAUCGGUUUGCCUGAUGAGAAGGGCCGUGUCCAGAUCCUCAACAUCCACACGGCCAAGAUGCGUCAGUUCAACUUGCUGGGCGGUGAUGUGGACGUCAAAGAGCUGGCCGCCGAGACCAAGAACUACAGCGGAGCUGAGCUUGAGGGUCUGGUCAGAGCUGCCCAGUCCACUGCCAUGAACCGACACAUCAAGGCCAGUACCACGGUGGAGGUGGACGUGGAGAAGGCCGAAACUCUUCAGGUCCACCGAGACGACUUCCUGGCCUCGCUUGAGAACGACAUCAAACCAGCGUUCGGGACCAACGCGGAGGACUACGCCAGCUACAUCAUGAACGGCAUCAUCAGGUGGGGUGACCCGGUUACGGCUGUGCUGGAUGACGGGGAACUCCUGGUGCAGCAGGCUAAGAACAGCGACCGCACGCCGCUCGUGUCCGUGCUCCUGGAGGGACCCCCCAACAGUGGAAAGACCGCCCUGGCUGCUAAGAUCUCAGAGGAUUCCCAGUUCCCCUUUAUAAAGAUCUGCUCGCCGGACAAGAUGAUUGGCCAUUCGGAGAUUGCCAAGUGCCAGGCCAUCAAGAAGAUUUUUGAAGAUGCCUAUAAGUCCCAGCUGAGCUGUGUGGUGGUGGAUGACAUUGAGCGCUUGCUGGACUAUGUCCCAAUUGGUCCGCGGUUCUCAAACCUGGUCCUUCAAGCUCUGUUGGUGCUCCUCAAGAAACCCCCACCGAAGGGCCGAAAGCUGCUCAUCAUCGGCACCACCAGCAGGAAGGAUGUGCUGCAGGAGAUGGAGAUGUUGGACGCCUUCAGUACCACCAUCCACAUCCCCAACAUCUCCAGAGGAGACCAAUUGGUUGAAGCCCUGGAGAUGCUGGGUAGUUUCCAGGAGAAGGAGCGGGCUGCCAUUGCCAAGGCGGUGAAGGGCCAGGCGGUGUGGAUUGGCAUCAAGAAGCUGACGAUGCUCAUCGAGAUGGCAGUGCAGAUGGAUCCUGAAUACAGAGUUAGCAAGUUCCUGACCCUGCUGAAAGAACAGGGAGCUUUGGGUUCUGACAAGCACAUAUCAUUCUAAGCUCAUGGUGGAGCUGAAUUGCCAAGCAGUGGUGGCCUUUUACAUGGCUCAGGACCGGAAUCUGGGUGCGACUAGCAGAGAGAGAGUUCGAGAGCAGAGGAAUUUGAUCUCUUCUGUGCGUCCCCGGGGGUCUCUGUGUGAUUGCUGUACUGCAUGUCUCCAUGGCAACCCUGAUGGACAAGCCUUCUCCUCUUCCCCAUCAACACUAGCUCUCCGUGUGUGUGUGUGUGUGUGUGUGUGUGUGUGUGUGUGUGCGUGAGUGCAUAUUAAGUGACAACAAAGCACUCUUCUUUGAACAAUUAUUAUUUCUUGACACUUCCCUAUUCUGUCCAGGGAAAAGGGUUCUACUGAGACGCACGCAAAGUGCUGUGAUUCGGAGGUUUUAUGUAUAAAAAGCUAAACUAAGUUGGGCGUAUGUUUGUCACCUGGUGGAUGUGAGACAGGAAAGGUGUGUAUGCAGGCAUGUAGAUGUUGACCUGUUGCGGUCGAUGUUACGCCUGUAGAUGUCCAAUCAUUCCAGGAAGUAAUGGGUCCAGGCCCUUCUGUCAUCCCCAUUUACUUUAACCGUAUGAUGUUUAGUGUUUCCCUUCUCUUUAUUUUACGGAGUAUUGUCGGUAAUAAAUAAAAGAUACACUAAUGUUGAUUAGUUACUGGAAGAAAGUUAGACCGUUUAAGAAGUGAACCGCUUCCACACAGGCGCGCACAUGACUGGUGUUACUUUUGAAAUGGUUUCUGUGCCACGCUGUUUUCUUAGCGGACGGUUUCUCCAGCCACACUCUGUCAUGCCAGUGGAUGCCUACGGCAGGAUAAGUGGAGGUUUUAAGAAUAUCGAAGUUAGUCUUUGUGGUCCUUGGGGUCCUUUCUUAGCAUGUCUGUGGUGUGUGUGUGUGUGUGUGUGUGUGUGUGUGUGUGUGUGUGUGUGUGUGUGUGUGUGUGUGUGUGUGUGUGAGCUGCUAUUUAGCCCGGUAGCAAACAGAAACAACGUCUUGUGCCAGCAGAUGUCUGCCUUAACCCGCGCCUUAAAUGAGACAUGGUUCUUCUGCAGCACUACCUUCUUUUGCCUGUCUUUACCCAAGGGCCUUGUCUCCUUGGCUCCUAGUCCUGACACAUAAUAGUCUCAAUAGAAUAAGAUACAAGGAUAUGAUGUCAAUAUUAGACAUAAGAACCCUGGCUUGACACACUGCCAUUUGCAGUAGAUGCAGUAUCUACACUAUGCAGGUGUGUUUCAGAUGAACACAUACAAGUCAUACAAUUUGUAAUAUUGAUGUAUAAUGUAUAUCAACAAGAUGUGUGCAUUUCUUUUUUUUUUUUGCCUUUACCAAUAGUUUGUCCAAAAACCUGUUUGUAUUGAAGUCUUGAAUGCUGUAGGAUAUUUCUUUUUUGUUUUAAUGAAUAAUUGCUAUUGUAAAAUUGCAAUAAAACUUGACACGUGAAACGUUCAUACAGUA